AUGAUAGCAAGGAGCGCCAUCGUGCGGAACGGACGCCGCACUCUGUCCAGACCAGUGUCCCUGGUACAACAGUACUCGACUCCGACUCGACGCAAUGAACCGGUCUCGACAUCGACACUGACACCCCCCCCAGUGGAUGGCGCGCACCAGUUCCAGCCUCAGCAGCAGCAGGGACCCCGAAGCUCCCGCCGAAAACAGUUCAAGUAUGCCCAGGAGUCAAUUCUUAGCCUUGGUAUCGACUCUGGCAACGCGCACCAGGGGCGAUCGUGGACGCGCGCGCACAAUGUCGGCGGCGUGGAGAUGACGCCCCGAGAGCAAUGGAAGGAGUUUCAGCGUGUUCAGCGGACGACCAAGAAGCUCGGAUCGGAGCUGACGCGGCGGUACUCACCCACGGAGCUUCUGGCUAACCCGCCCGCGGCCGAGGAGGUGUCGCUGGAGCUUCUGAUGGCGUCGCAGACGCACAUGGGUCACAACAAGGCGCAGUGGAACCCGGCCAACUCGCGGUACAUCUACGGAGUGAGGGAGGACACGCACGUCAUCGCCCUCGAGACGACUCUGGCCCACCUGAGGCGGGCGGCGCGCGUGGUCGAGGACGUGGCCUACCGCGGCGGCAUCAUCUUGUUCGUUGGCACGCGGAACGGCCAGAUGGAGGUGGUCACCAGCGCGGCCGAGCGGGCCGGGGCGUACCACGUCUUCACCAAGUGGGCUCCUGGGUCUAUCACCAACAGGGACGUCAUGCUGCAGGGGCACGCGACAAAGGUAGUUGACGAGAACGAUAAGACCGUCGACGGCUUCGACCUGUACAAUGUCACCUCGCAGCCCCUCAUGCCCGAUCUGGUCGUCUGUCUCAACCCUCUCGAGAACUAUACCCUGCUGUACGAGUGUGGGCUCAAGACGAUUCCUACCAUUGGCAUCAUCGACACGGAUGCCGAUCCUACCUGGGUUACUUAUACUAUCCCAGCCAACGACGACAGUCUCCGCUCCGUCGCCAUUAUCGGUGGCGUCUUGGGCCGUGCCGGCCAGCGUGGCCAGGAGCGCCGUAAACGAGACUCCUCUAUGGGCGCCGUCCCCUGGGAGACGUCACAGGAACUAGCCAGCUACAUGGCUUCAGAAAACAGCGCGGCCCUUCGCAAGCGCAAGGACGUCAUGGGCAAGAUGCAGCAGUACCAGGCCCUCAACAUGGAGGAGACCCAGCUUCUCUACUCGCAGAAGGCGGCUGACGCUGUUCCUACCUCGACUCCAGUGAGCGAGGAUGCUCUUCUCGAUAUCAUGGGACAGGCUGCUGGUGAGGCUGAGGCCGAGGCCAAGGCUGAUACUUCUACUUCUACCACUGCCGCCGCAUCGAUUGAAGCUCAGCUCGAUGCCGUCAAAUCUCAGACUGCCGACGUGGAAAAGACUAUGAGGGGAUAA